UUAUCCGUUCGUUCUUUCGUUCGUUCGUUCGAUCUCGUAUAUGCACAUCCGUGAGCGUCGAAUUGACGAAACGGCACGACGCGACGUCGGCGCGUUCAUCACGCGCGCUCGGGAUGUAACACCGUGGUUGGCGCCCCUCCGUUUUGCUCUCCACCUGGAUGCUCCAGAUGCUGCGUGUCGUUCACGUCGUCGCGGUGGCAGGGAGACGGUGACGCGAUAAUCGAAGAUCGACUACGGUUGCUGCGCGACGAAGGAUCAAUAGAGAAAGGAAAAGAAGAGGACGAGUCCAUCUAAAGGAGGGCUUCGAUGGAUCUCGUUUGAAGCCUCGAAGGCCAAGGCUGCCGCUUACGCCAAACUGCGAGGGAGAAAGAGAAGAGGAAACCGAGAGUGAGAUAGAAAUCGGAAUAAAGAAGAGAGAGAUGAGCUAUCUGACACGUGGGCGAACUCCGAAGACUCACAAGCUUGGGCAUCGCUAAAGAGAGAACGAGAAAGACAGGCGAGAAAGAGAGAAAGAUAGAAAGAAAAUUACAUCUAAGAAACGUGAACACACGAUUUGCUUCCUUCUUAACGUAUUAUCGUUCGAGGGGACGAUCGGGAGGCGCUGCGAGGGUGAUGCUCCUAGUGAGCGAAAGUGAGGAGCCCCAGGCGGCUUUUCUCCCUUCGUGCUCGUUCAGGGAGGAGAAGAAGAACUGCAACAGGGUCGGUCCCUGGCCUGACGGCUGCAACUGCAGCUGAAACUGGAAGCGGCCAGCAGGGAGGAGUGCCUCGUGGUGCACGGCGGUGCUCCUCUAACGGCGGCUAGAAGGGAGUUAUGGUGUCUCGCACAUGCAAUGCCUGUGGCCGCCGCAGCCGUGGCACUGUGGCAUCGUGCCCAUCUCAAGGCGCUCGCCUGCGUCGUUCUCGCCCUGAUCGCCAUCCAGUAUCUGCUUAGCGGCGGUGUGCUCGAUCGUCGAUCCAUCGAAACCAUCUUCACGAUUAACACGACCAGAUACGCGGAUCGCUCGUAUAGAACCCACCCACGUGGAUUGAUCAUAUAUGGUCAAGCAACUGUUGUACCAAGUUCAGCCGCGGGUGGCAAUGUAUCCUCGACGACGAUACUCUCAAUACUGGCCAAGGGCUUCUCGAAUUCAUCUAAAUCCGAGCCGGUGCCAAUCAGAAAUCUGGUUGGCAGUGGAACCACACGAGAUCUUCCAGUGGCGAACGCGACUAGCAACGUGACGAUGCCACGGUGUCCCCUCAUCCCACCGAAUUUGGUUGGACCGGUGAUCGUCAGUAAAUCACCACCAUCAUUGUCCGAGAUGGAGAAGUCAUUCGCGGAGGUGAAAGCAGGCGGCAUAGGUCGGCCUGCAGAUUGCGUCGCUAGGCAUCGCGUCGCAAUAAUCAUUCCAUUUCGCGAUCGACCGCAGCAUCUGCAGACUCUCCUCUACAAUCUGCAUCCGGUACUGCUACGCCAGCAGAUCGACUAUCAGAUUUUCGUGGUUGAACAGGAAGGUACCGAGGCCUUUAAUCGAGCAAUGCUCAUGAACGUCGGCUAUGUGGAGGCUCUAAAAGAACGAACUUUCGACUGCUUCAUCUUUCACGAUGUUGACCUACUUCCAGAGGACGAUAGGAAUCUGUACACUUGUCCCGAACAACCCAGACAUAUGUCAGUUGCAGUGGACAAAUUCAAGUACAGGCUACCCUACAAUGAUCUCUUUGGCGGCGUGUCCGCAAUGUCACGCGAACACUUCCAGCUGGUCAACGGCUUUAGCAAUGUCUUCUGGGGCUGGGGUGGUGAAGACGACGAUAUGGCGAAUCGUAUUAAAGCUCAUGGUCUACAUAUUUCGCGAUAUCCGGCAAAUGUUGCACGCUACAAAAUGCUUGCGCACAAAAAAGAAAAGGCCAAUCCGAAAAGGUAUGAGAAUCUGAAGACAGGCAAGAAAAGAUUCUCCACUGACGGGUUGGCUAAUCUGCAGUACGAAUUGAUUGACAAGCGGAAGCCAAAGUUGUAUACGUGGCUUUUAGUGAGACUGACGCCACCUCAGCCCAGCUGAUGGCUACCAUGGAUCGGCUGAAAGCUCCUGCAUGCCAAGCUUCCUAGCGAGGUCAAUGCAAUUGUGUUGCGACAACGCGAUCCUGGAGCUCGCCGCUCUUCGAAGAAGCAAGAUUAAAGACGAAAAAUAUUUCCGUGAAGCCAGAGAAACGUAAAGACGUUUUCUGAAAACACUCCUGGAAAUGUUAGAAUUCCGAUUCAUCGAUGAAGAGACGAGAUCCUGAAUGCAUCGGUCAUUUUUAUCCCUAAUUAAUCUAACUGCAGAUAUAUUUGGCCAUCCAGUAAAUAAUUAUAUAUAAUAAUUAUGAUCCAAUAAUGAUGAAAAUAUGGAAGGAAGGAAUAUACUCGAAUGAGAAUGACGAACAAUUAUUGAGAAA